AUUCAGUCAGUAUUCAAUGUUUGUUAACAAGCACACGAAUUUGUGAAUUCGUUUGUUUAUAUUUUAGUUAACCUAAAUAUUUAAUUUAUUCUUAAAUAUUCAUAUUUAUUUAAAGUUUCAGAAUAUAAAUGCAGUCAUAUAGACAUAAGCUAUGUCAUUAAUUGUAUUAUGAAGAAAAUAAAUAAAACUAUGUUUAAAAAGCUAAAUUAAUAGGCUAAUUAAUUCAGAGUUCUAAUUAUUAUGGAAACACAAACUGACUCAUUAUCAAAAAGCAUAGAACAAUAUGAAACUCAGCUCAUACAGAUCAGGCAUGCUAUCAACUUGGCGUCAAGCAGCUCUGAAAAGCAGGAUUUAUAUGUACUUGAGAAGGAUAUUGUAGAAUUAAUCUCCCUGACAAAGGAAACAUUGUCAAGUUUAAGACAAGAAUCACCUACUCAAGAUUCAAUCUCCAAUACAGAUCCAGCCGAUGAAUUAUCUGAAGAGUAUGCUUUAUUCAAGGCUGAACUUGCUGAAUUGGAAGGAAGCUCUGCUGGGGGAAAUAACAAUGAAGAUGAUGAAAGUAUAGAAGAAUAUGCUGUGAAUAAUAUACCUGAAGAAUUACAAGAAGAAAUUCAUGCACUGAAAGGCUCCAAAUGCCAAGCUCCCCAUAAAAAGCAUUGGGGAGAUGAAAGUUAUUACAAUGCACUCAUUAUGGACAUAGAAACAAAAGAAAGAGUGACCGAUAUGAAUCACAUUCAGGUGAGAGUUAUGUUUGUGAAUCCCACAGAGAGAGAAAUGUUACCGUGCCCUUACUAUUUGGAUGGAGAAUGUAAAUUCACUGACGACAAGUGUCAUUUUUCACAUGGUGAGCUGGUUCCUCUAGAGAAAAUCAGAGAGUAUAGGGAACCAGAUUUUAAAUCAGUGAAGGAAGGCUCCCAAGUGUUGGCGAAGCAAAAAGACAAUUUGUGGUAUCGUGCUAAAGUCGACACCAUCCUCAGUGACACCCGUUGUCUCGUCAAGUUUCAGACUGAGGGCUGUGAAAUCGUGGAGUUGGACUUGCAUGACCUCUUGCCUCUGGAUAAUGAAAACAACAGUGAAGAUGACAGCAGCAGCAGUGAGAGUGAUGAUGAUGAUGAAAUAUCACAGGAAUACUUUGUUACCCUCAGUUUGCUGCAAACUCCUCCAAGUACGGCUCUUGGAGCUUGGGAAAAACAUACAAAGGGAAUAGGAUCACGUUUGAUGGCCAACAUGGGCUACGUAGUUGGCUGCGGUCUUGGGAAAAAUGGGGAAGGUCGAUUAGAACCAGUUGAAGCAAUGGCAUAUCCACCUGGAAAAUCUCUUGAUGCAUGUAUGGCACUGAGAGAAGCAGCUGGAGGUGAUGAGAACAUGUUCAAGGCUGAGCAGAGACAGAAAAAGCAACAGCGUCAGUUACUGAGAAUGCAGCAAAAACAGCAGCUAAAAGACACUAACAAGAAAGACAUCUUUUCAUUCAUCAAUUCAAAACUGCUUGGAACAGGUUCUGCUGCAACUGUAUCCACAACUCCACAGACAACGUUGGCAUCAUCUUCCAGUAAAGGGUUGAACGUUGAACGCUUUCGUUUGGGUGAAAGUAUUAUGAAAACUCAAAAGGACAUAGACAAAUAUACAGAGUCUUUAAAAAGACAUGAAACAGGAUCUAUAACUCACAAUGCUAUAAAUAAUAAGCUCAAAGAAGCUCAGAUAGAAAUGAAUAGGCUUCAAAACAGUGAUAAGUUAAUAGCUAGAGAACAAAGCCAGAGAGACGGUAGAAAGAAAAUGUCUAUAUUUUAGUAACUGGGUCUCAAGGCCUUCCAUGUGACUAUUUUUAACGAUAUUUUAGCUAAGUAAGGAAAAGCUGUGUGAUUAAAAUAAACGUCUAUUAAUUUUAUAAUGUAGAGAAAUUAACUACUUAUAAGUAUAAUCUCCUAUAAAGAAUUGUCCAAAUUUAUUGUUAACUAUUCAGAUUACUUAUAUUGCAAGAUUACUGAUAAUGCAAAAUGCCAUCAGAAAAAUAUGUUUGAAUGCUUGAAGUUGAGAAAGAAUUUGAAUGAACAAUUAACCAAAUAAACAUCUUAAUUAGCAAUUCCUUAUUACAAACAUAAAGUUCAAGCUUUCUGCACAGAUACUAUCAGACACCAUUAUUACGUAACGAUUGUCUUCCAGCGUGGAACAAGGUCUGUGCAAACAUGUAGGACUGAUCUUUUGUUACACUUUGAUGUUUCAAGGUUCAUGUUUUAAAAUAAUCAUGUUAAAAAAUAUAAAGUUUUUUUCAAAAAAGUUUGUCUAAAACCCAUGUGAUAAAAAAUUCUUUAGGGUUUUAUUAUAUAACAAAAAUGUGUUUUUCAACUUUACAACAGAUAUUUUGUUCAAAUUCUUCAGAAAAACUCCGUUGUUAGGAUAAAAAAGUUACAUUACCAUCACUAUGUAACAAUAAACAUAAUUUAAAAAUUAUGUUUUUCAAUAAAUUAAUUAUAACAUUUACAUAUUAUUUUGUAUGGAAACUUUUACUUAAAAUCUGUUCAUAAUUUAGUACAAGCACAACACAUUUCAU